AAUUAAUAUGAAAAUUAUUUGCUCCAUUUUACACGAUUAAUGUGAUAUUGAUAUAAUAUUAGCUUAUGCACUUGUAUUUAUAUGUAUAUAAGUAAAUAAAAAUAUAUCUAUUAAUACCAAUUGAUAUAACAGGUUUAAAUCAGUUUAAAGAAUAUGACCUGGAAUAGAUCUUUAUUAUUUUAUAAAUGUCAACCGAAACAUUUUAUAAGCACGUAUUCUUUGUUAUAUUCGCAUAAGAAUGAUGUAAAAAUAAUGCAAAAUUUUCAAUACAAUAAGCCAGUUGUAAUUUUGGGAAUCGAAUCUAGUUGUGAUGAAACAGGUUGUGGGAUUGUUGAUAGUACAGGUACCAUAUUAGGUGAAGGUAUUAAUUCACAAUAUCUUACCCAUUCAAAUUUUGGAGGAAUAGUUCCAACGAUUGCCCAGAUAAUGCAUAAAAACAAUAUUACUAAAACUUGUGAAGAUGCGUUAAGAAAUGCAGGUUUAAAAUUAAAAGAUAUUGACGCUAUCGCAACCACUGUAAAGCCCGGUAUUGAAUUGUCUUUAAAUAUUGGGAUAAAAUUUGGAAAAUAUUUAGCAAAAAUUGGAAAUAAACCUUUCAUACCAAUAAAUCAUAUGGAAGCUCAUGCUUUAACUGCCAGAAUGAAAGAGAAGAUUGAUUUUCCAUAUCUUGCUUUAUUAAUUUCUGGAGGUCACAGUUUACUUGCAAUCGUUGAAAAUGUGAAUAAAUUUUAUUUGCUGGGGACUACUAUAGAUAUUGCGCCUGGAGAAGUUUUUGAUAAGAUCGCACGAAGACUCAGAUUAAGAAAUAUUCCAGAAUUUAGAACUUUAAAUGGAGGAUCAGCUAUAGAAUAUGCAGCAAGUAAAGCAACAGACAUUGAUCAAUUUACGUUUCUUCCUAUAUUGACGCAAUACCGCAAUUGUAACUUUAGUUUUUCGGGAUUAUUGAAUAAGUGUAAAAUGUACAUUGCAUCUGAAGAAGAAAAACAUAAGUUAGUCGCUGAUAUGGUGAUUCCUGAUGUAUAUAAUUUAUGUGCAGCAUUGCAAUUAGCUGUCAUAACACACAUUUGUCAAAGAACUCAAAGAGCAAUGGAAUUUAUUAAUAGAAAGAGAUUGUUUCCAAAAGGAGAGCGUAAACUGAUUAUAUCUGGAGGUGUUGCAUGUAACAACUUAUUAUCUAAAGCAUUAAAGAUUGUAUGCUCAGAUGUAGAUUAUAAAUUUAUAAGAACUCCACCAAAAUUGUGCACCGAUAAUGGAGUAAUGAUAGCAUGGAACGGAGUAGAAAAGUGGAAAACAGAUACAGAUAUUAUUAGAGAUCCAUAUGAAAUUAAUAAUAUAAAAGCAGAAGGCAGUGCUACAUUUGGAGAAGAUUGGACCCAAAAAGUAGAAUCAGCGAAUAUAAAAUGCCAAUGGUCGAAAAUAAAAAGGAAACUUUACUAAACUGUUUAAGAUAUAAUAUUUAGCGUUACGUUUUUACAAAGUGAUUGAAACACUACAUAAUUACUGCAUAAUUGUUAUUAAGCUAUAAAA